AUCGCCAAACAUCGCUCUUUGUACUCACCCGCCACAUCAAAUCUCGUCCGUCAAUUAAAGCCUUCUUUAAAUCCAAGAAAAAUCACCAGCCCUACGAUCUCCAUCAACAUCCCCUCCAAGGCCCCCGAUUCUCCUCAUUUGAGAUCCAAAUCCCAACUCGCUUCCUCUUCGAUCUCUCGAUCUCUCGAGGAGGAGUUGGGAGCUGAAUCUCUCUCUCCGCGGCCAUGGAUUUCAUGAAGGUUUUUGAUCAAACCGUGCGAGAUAUUAAGAGGGAGGUGAAUCUCAAGGUUCUCAAGGUUCCGGAGAUUGAGCAGAAGGUUCUUGAUGCGACGAGUAAUGAGCCUUGGGGUCCUCAUGGAUCUGAUCUGUUGGAGAUUGCGCGGAAUAGCAAAAAAUACACUGAAUGCCAGAUGAUUAUGAAUGUACUUUGGACGAGGUUGAAUGAUACUGGCGCGAAUUGGCGCCAUGUUUACAAGGCAUUGGCUGUUAUUGAGUACCUGAUAGCAAAUGGUUCGGAUCGUGCAGUUGAUGACAUCCUUGAACAUAGCUCUAAAAUUGCUUCGGUGUCGAGUUUUGAGUAUAUGGAGCCUAAUGGAAAGGAUUCAGGCAUCAAUGUUAGGAAGAAGGCGGAAACCAUUUUAGGUCUUUUGAGAGACAAGGAUAAAAUCCAACAAGCAAGAACUAAAGCUUCAGCUAAUCGUGAUAAGUAUGUUGGGCUGUCCUCGACGGGGAUAACAUAUAAAUCUAGUGCUUCCUCAUAUGGUGGCGGCGGCUUUGAGAGUGGUGGUUAUGGGAGCUUUGGCAAUCGAAAAGAGGGCGACUCAUUUAGAGAUGGUUAUAAAGAUGAAGAAUACGCUGGAGAUGGAGCUGAUGUGAGUCGUGGUAGCAAAGGUGGCUUUAGUAAGUCAACAGGAAGUUCUUCUAAUGGAAGUGAAGGCUACAAGUCAAAGAAGGCAUUCAACCAUGGUGUCAGUGCCGCAAAGUCAUUGAGUAAGCCUAGUGCGGAUGCUUCUAAAUCCUCUGCUGCAGAAUUAGAGAAUGUUCAUGAUGAUUUUGAUGAUUUUGAUCCCCGUGGGUCUUCUACCACCGUAUCCGCUGCCGCUAAGGCUAACCAAGUGGACUUGUUUGGAGAAAGCUUACUGGUUGAUCUCAUGGAUGCACCGACAUCUGUUUCCACUGAGUCAACUACCACAAACCAUGCUGUGCCAUCUGAAACUGAUCUCUUUGCUGAUGCAGCAUUUGUAUCAGCCUCGCCUCAGAAAGAAGCUACUCAAAGAUCUUCCCCUUUGGCAUCUGAAACUGAUCUUUUUGCUGAUGCUGCAUUUGUGUCAGCCUCAUCUCAAACAGAAACAGCUACAAAUUCUCAUUCUCAGGGAAAUGUUGAUCUCUUUGCCGGUCAACCUGCCUUUCCUUCUAAUUUUGACUUCUUUGCAGCAUCAGUUCCGCCUUCGCACUCUGAAACAAAUUCCUCCAAACCAGAUUCUACAAACAACAAUAUUUUUGAUCCUUUUGCUGCAGUUCCCUUAAACAAUUUUGAAGGAUCUGAUCCAUUUGGUGAUUUUGCUUCUCAUUCUGAUCCCGUGAGCAAAGAAUCUUCAGACAAGUCUAUGAACAACUCAAACACCCUCGACAAGCUUUCAUCAGUGGCAUCAUCCCAGCUGGCACCCAAGAAGGAUACCUUUCAAGUUAAAUCUGGCAUAUGGGCGGACUCCUUAAGUCGUGGACUCAUUGACCUGAACAUAACCGCCCCCAAGAAAACUUCUCUCGCCGAUGUGGGGGUUGUAGGGGGACUCGACUUUGAUGAGAAGGAGAAAGGACCUGCUGCAUCAUCUUACAAUUACAUGGGCAGAGCCAUGGGAGUAGGAUCAAGUGUUGGUUGGACCCCUGGGUUCUCUUCAUCCACAAUGGGAGUUAGUGGAAAUGUUCCUGCUUUUAACCAACAACAAUUUGGGAAUUUCAAGUAAGCUUUUCCCCUUGUCUGGAUUCAAUCAUUUUUUAUUUUUUAAGGUCGGAUGUUGCCAGGCAGUUGGCAUUACUAUUGAAUCUGAUUUGUUUCCAUUCUUUUGAGGUUGAUGUGUGUUGCUCAUUAGUAUUGUUCUAAAUACACAUAUCAUUAUCAUUGUUCUACUCAUGUAUGGCCCCUUAAUUCUCUGAUGAGGAUGGUUAUUAAUUAUAUACAUUUUGAGUGCUUA